CACACUAUGUUUCCGGACGAGCCAUUAUGAAGAGGGAACGUAGGGUAAUGCACAGGGCAAACUUGUAACAGAAAUAUUGCGCUUGAUGUCAAGCAUGUGGCUCGCUAAACCCCUUGUGACAUCUUUCGUUCUCAAAGGACAUUAUGGUCUGUUCUUUCAUCCUGUGAACUCGCUGCCUAAAUAUGCGCUCCGAUUCUUGCACUGCAACCGUUGCAGGAGAAGUGGAAUAAUGGCCGCUGGGUUGGACACCAUAAAUGAAUCCCCUUCCUCUAAAUUAUGCCAAGAGAACUAUGAACCCCUGGACUCAUGUUAUACAGCAGAGCAGCGUGCUGUCAUCCUCCAGCGUCUCAAUACAGCCACAGAGUCUGAACUGACACAGAUCAAACUGCUCAGAGGACGGAAAGCUGUCAACAUAAUAAACUACAGAAAUAGACACGGUCCAUUCAGCAGUCUGGAAAAUGUCACUGAUGUGCCUUUACUGAAACACAAGAGCGCUAUCACAGUCUUUGACUCCAUCCUUAAACCAGCUCAGAAUAUGGAGAAAAGAAAGGGAAAAGUCCACCUGGCCAAAUUUAUAAGACCUGAAGUUGACAGAGCUGUUUUGGAAGAUGCAAAUUCGAUUGUGUCUAUUGUCUGUGGCACUAAUAAAAUCGCAUGGACGCAUAUGAAUCGAGCACUGACUGUUUUAGAGUGGCAGCAGGAGGAGUGCAAGAGUUUUUUGAAUGGGACAUACAUGGCAUCGGAUUAUUUAGAGGAUAUCUCUACUGUUAUUUCACGAUUUCCGGCAACUGAUUUCUUUGUGGUGGAGAAGCCAAGCAUCUCUCCCCAGAACACUUCCCUUUAUCCUGUCAUGGCUCACCUCCGGACAGUAGAAGCUAUGCUGUUUGCUUUGCUUUCCCCAGUGAGGGAGCCAGGAAGAUCGCCCAAAGUCCUUAACAUGAUGCGCACAGCUGUGGGUCGCCAUUUUGGCCUGAUGGUGGGGGAAAGUAGGGCUAGUGGAGCCGAGACCGUAAGGAAGAUGAUGACGGAGUCUGUGAUCAAGCAAGAGCCACGCGUUAUCUUUCCCCACAGUUUGGUGAUGAAGCACAGAAACUCAUUUCAGAUGAGCAGCAGAAACAAAGGGGAAGAACUGUGUGAUGCUCUUUUACAGGCUGUUGCAUUUUUUGAAUUCCUGCAAGUGAAGUAAAUCACUACUGGAUGACUUUUGCUAUGUGUUAUUAGUACUCAGUUGUUCAACUUAUCCUUUUGUGAAAUCUAUAUCAGAUUAUGCCUCGCUGCAUGUGUUAUGACAUGAUAUGCAAUAUUCAAGAGAACUGUUGUUUGUUACACUUCACGUUAAGGUUAAAUUAUUAGAAAUGGUUCAUCCAAAAAACAAAAGAAAAUUCGCUUAUGAUUUAAUCACUUAUGCUUUCCCAUCUGUAUAUGACUAUUUAUUCAUUGGAACAUAAAUAAUUUUAUAUUAAAAUGAUUAGUGGGAUUAAUAUUCAGUAUCUUCAAAUCUAAUCUGUUUUUGGAUGGCAUAAGGGCGAGUAAAUUCCAGAUAACUUUUGUGCUAUGAACUAUUCUUUUCACAUCAAUGUUGUUUUAAUAGUAACUGCUAAGUUCUCAGGAAAAAAAAUAUGGUGUUAAUAAAACA